AUGGCUCUGGCGUCUAGCUCCACUCCUCUUCGAUUGUUUUCCAUGGCCACUCUCAGACGUGGGACCCUCCUCAAGGCCGCGACUAUAUCUACUCCUCUUCGUGCCCCUCUUUCUCCAACCUUUUCAAUUCAUCUCAAACCCAUCUCCUUAGCUACAAGACAAUUCUCAACCUCCCCCUCAACCUCCUUCAAUAAAUCAACCAUCAACAUGGCUCCCUCCACCGAGACUCUCAUCGAAGUCGCCAAGAGCAGACGCACAUACUACAACCUCGGCCGCAACUCCACUGUCCCCGACUCCGAGAUUGUCGAAUUGGUUAACCAGGCCAUUUUGCACAUUCCCAGCUCAUUCAACACCCAAUCUACCCGCAUUGUUGUUGCGCUGCACGGUGACCAUGAGAAAGUUUGGGAUAUUGCUGUAGACGCUUUCAAGCCCCUUGUUGCCUCUGGUGCCGUGCCCCAGGAGGUCUUUGAUAGUCAGACUAAGCCCAAGCUUGAUGCUUUCAAGGCUGCUUAUGGAACUAUCCUCUUCUAUGAAGAUCCCGCUCACAUCAAGCCCUAUGCUGAAAAGUUCCCUGCUUUUGGCUCCAAGUUCCCUGAGUGGGCUGAUCACUCCAACGCUAUGCACCAGUGGUUCCUCUGGGCUGGCCUUGAGACCCUCGGCUUCGGCGCCAACCUCCAGCACUACAACCCUCUGAUCAACGCCGGCUUGGCCAAGGCUUUCGAUGUUCCCAGUGAGUGGGAUCUCAAGGCUCAGCUCGUCUUUGGAUCUAUCGAGUCUCCUGCAGGCGAGAAGCAAUUCAAGCCUGUUGAGGAGCGGGUUAAGGUUUUCGGUGCUCAGUAA